AUGUCAAGUGUAACAUUCUUGGAUCGGUUGGAGGAAGUGUACACACGGUUGGUCAGAUGUAUGUUGAUUUUUUAUCUUUAGGAGUAUUUUUUUGUGCUUUUGUAGAUAUUUGGUUAAUUAAUUUAUUGAGAACAAGAAAUAGUUUUGUUCAUAAAGUUUAUAAUUUAAAAUUCCUAUUUCUAAAAUUUUGUGUGAAUAAUAUAAAAUGAACUGAGGUAAUCAUAAUAUUUUAGUUUUCCAAGAUUUCAAAGAUGUUUGUCAAGGUCUGGUGAAUUACGAAGAAGAAGCCAGGUUAAGAGCGGCCAAGGAUGCGAUAAUCUUCAUCUCAUCGAGAAUGGAAGAGCUAAAGAUUGAGUAUGCUGCUUUUGAAGGUGAUGAAAAGGUGGAUACCAAGUUUACAUAUGUUUCUGGGUUCUACGAACGUGCUCGGCUUUGUUUGGAUUCGUAUCUUGAGCUGGACACUAUUGAGCAGUAAGAUUUUCUUGUAUUACUUUUAUUUUUAGGUAUUUCUACAGCGUUUAGUGAGAGUUGAUGGGGCCAGUUUUCAAAGGACGUUUUUUAAUAAGAGUUAUAACUUGGUGACAAUGAUCUUAUUCUUUACGGCCAACUUUGUCAUGUGUACAUCUUAAUAUAUUACAAAUCUAUAUCUAAAAAAUAAUGUAAACUCUAAUUUUUAGGUAUUUACAAGCUGGAGUUGUAGACGAGGUCCCGAUCAUUCCACUAGAGUUUAAAUGGCCAAUUCUGAAGCAUCUUUUGUUAGAAACGUUGACAGAAAACGAGAAGCCGGUGAUUGUGGCAAUACUCAAGUUGGGAUUGUUCAGAACUCAAGUUUGGAAACAAAAUCUGUUCCAAGCGUUUUCCGAAUCUGUUUGCUUUACUGAUGACGGGCAGUUGAUCAUUGGAAAAGUGCCGAUUGCUGAGAAUGUUUUAUUUUUGAUCAACAGGCUGAAUUACUUUGAAGAAUUAGUCAAACGUACGGUGGAUCAACUGGUCGAAACGUUUCUGCAGCCGUUGUUUAUGAAUGCGAAACGGAUUUCAGUGACCCACAAGAAUGGAACGGUGCUGUACAGUUUUGUGAUGCAGAAGAAUGCUCGAGUUGUGGCUGAAAAGGUACCAUCGAUGGCGCUUCAGUAGGUUUUUCUGUUUUUUUUUGUUUUUAGGUAAUAAAAGGUAACAUAUUUGAAAAACGACAGUUUUUAAAAGUUGAAAUAAACUAAAUAUAGAUUGAAAGCAAUUACAAGAAUACAUUAAAAGCCUUUAUUACUCAAAACUCGGUUUUAAACCCUGUAAAAAUUGUAACACAUUUAAUUUCAGAUUCAUGGCAUACCUCAUGAAAGCUUUGAACGAAGCUUUAGGAAAUGGAAAGCUUUUGGCAACUUUAAAUCAACGUAUUUUGACAAUUACAAACACUUUGUGGAUGGCAAACUUAUCCAAGACUUGUGCUUCAAUGGGAACUGAGACUAAAAAGCUGGUUUCUGAUGGUGUACGUCAAUUCGAACAUCUUUUGAAGAAACUUGAGAUUGUGAACGAAGCAGGAUUGGUGGAUCAAUGGGUGCCUGAGAAGUCGGGAGAACAGGAUUUGAAGGUUAACAUCAACAAGCAGGCAUUGUUGAGACGGGACUUGGCUUUGCCUUACACCAAGUUUGUCAAGGUGGGUUCAGAUGUUCGGUUUGGUGGUUUAUAUAGCUAUUUUAAACGUUACUUUUUAUAUUUUUGAGUUGUUUUGGUUUCUCUCUUUAGUUUUUUUGAUCGAAAUUUGGUAUUUGCAGAACACAGAAGUAAUGUCAUCGGCACAGAUAAAGGGUUUGGAAGAGUUUGAAAAGGACAAAAAGAUUGUCAACAAAUUUUUAGAGCAACCUUUCUAUAUUAGGUAACUUUUACGCUUAAAAUUUACAUUUUAUUUAAAAUUUUUGUCUUUAUUACCUAAAAUUAGCUUUAAACGUCUAAUAAACUUUAUUUUAGUGAACACGCCCGCAUAACCUUCCUAUACAUUGAACGUCAACUAAAAGAAGACUCUGAAGUUGAUCCUGCCACUUUGAUUGAAGGCGUUUUGAACAUUUUCAUUUCAACAUUGCGCCCGCAAGUCAUUGGCCUCACAGAUGUGUUCAGAUACUCAAACGAUUGUCUUUUCUUGUCAUGUGUCAUUUUGAUGUUGGGUACUACAAGCCUUAAUAGUACAACUCAAUUUCAACGGAUUUUGAUGGAAAGAAAGAGGAUUCUUGAAAUGGAACUUGACUUCUUGGCAAAUCAACACUUGGCUUUGUCGGAUCAGGCGAUUCAGAAGAUGCUGGAUGGUGAAGAUGACGAGUUUGGAGAGAUGUGGAAGAAACUCGAGCUUUUCAUGGGCAAGGCUUCUUUGGUAUGUUGUUAUGGCAUGUGGUUGAGAGGUUUUUAUAUAAUGUUCGUAGCGUAGGUUCUGGUUAUGUGAAAAAGUCUUGUUUUACUGCGGCUCUGAUCACGGCUCAUUUUUGAUUUAAAAAAAUUGAAUUUGUUUAAAACAUCAACGUUUUUUAUGUUACAGCUUCUCCGAGAACAAGACCUUGUUAUGGUGUCAAACGAGCUGUUCAGCCGAGUGAUGAACAACUUCUUCAACUUGCUUUUCUUCAAGGAUCAUGACCUACAAGGAGCUGAAGCAUACAUUAUCACUAUGAUCAGAAACAUGGACUCGAAUCUGAAAUCACUGUUAAAUCUGAAUCUGAACAGCGCAUUGGUUCAAUUAGUCGAUAGGAAGAUGGCUGUUUUAAUUCAAAUCUUGCUCAAGGAUCAAAAUGUAUGUUAAUAUAGGUUUUACUUAUUCUUAGCUUUUUUUAAUUUUUUAUUAUAAUUGUUGUAAGGUAUCUUAAUGUAAGCUGCGUAAAGCACGUUGGUAAGCUUCUAUAUAUUGUCGAUUUAAUUUUUGACCAAUUUUUGAUUAUAAUAACUAUAACAAUGACAUUAUAAUAGAUAAUAUAUACUUUUUGAAGCUUAACGAACAUUUUUAGGAAUUGGUCACGGAAUGGCGUUCUAAAAACGAAGCAGAUCACAUGAACAAUGUCUUGAAGACUUUGGAGUUUUCUAAUUUGUUGGACAAAAGAUUUGGCAAUGUUGCUUUAUCUUCAGCCCCACCAACACCUUUCUUGGAACGUUAA